GCGGGUUUGAGCUCACUGUCUGCUUGUAGGGUUACUGGAAAGCAACUGGCUCCUCGGGAUUCCUUGCCUAAUCAGAGGUGUUACCUCCUCCUCUUCCCCCAGUGUCUCUUGACAUCAUUUCAUCCAUCAGAGUUUCAGAGGAAAAAAAACACCAACCAAAGCAGAACCCACCCAGUCUGAGAGCAGCCCACACCAGCCCCUCAGUUUUGCCGUGACUGCAGGGAAGAGCUGGAUCGGGGCAAAGAUGAAGUAUGGGAGCGGGGCUGAACUCCAUGUCCUGAGGGAUUCGGUGCAGGGCGAACAGAGAGGAAUCCAGAGCGAUGCACCAAGCGGCAUGCCCCGUAUCCCGGCAAGGGAUCAGUAAGCCCCGCAAUCUCGUGUGGGGAUGUGAAGGUGCUUGACCCACGGGAAAGAAGCAGCUCUCAAGGUGGGUUUGGCCCUGCUCGUCCUUCUUGCUCCAUGGGAUUUCUUCUGUCCCCCGCAACUGACCUGAUGUGGACCGAAGCGUUUCUAACAUGAACUUUCUCUCUGGGAUCUGGUGGUCUCUUCCCUUGGUCUUGGUCUGGGCGACCCCACCAGUCACCUCUUCAUGGUGGUACAUGGGCGCCGUGGGCUCGUCGCGGGUGAUGUGCGACAACGUGCCGGGCCUGGUGAGCCGGCAGCGGCAGCUGUGCCGCCGGCACCCCGAGGCGAUGCUCUCCAUCGGCCGCGGCGUGGCCGCCUGGACGGCCGAAUGCCAGCACCAGUUCCGCCGUCACCGCUGGGACUGCAACGCCCUGGAGCGGGGGCAGCGCCUCCUCGGCCGCGUCCUGCUGCGCAGUAGUCGAGAAUCUGCUUUUGUACACGCCAUCUCCUCUGCUGGAGUUGUUUUUGCCAUCACCAGGGCAUGUAGCCAAGGGGAGCUGAAAUCCUGCUCCUGUGAUCCCAAGAAGAAAGGCUCUGCCAAGGACAGCAAGGGCCAUUUUGACUGGGGUGGCUGCAGUGAUAACAUUGACUAUGGCAUUAAAUUUGCCAGAGCCUUUGUGGAUGCCAAGGAACGGAAAGGAAAAGAUGCCAGGGCGCUGAUGAACCUUCACAACAACAGAGCUGGAAGGAAGGCUGUGAAGCGGUUUUUGAAACAGGAGUGCAAAUGUCACGGUGUGAGUGGAUCGUGCACUCUAAGGACCUGCUGGCUGGCCAUGGCAGACUUUAGGAAAACAGGAGAUUAUCUGUGGAAGAAAUACAAUGGAGCAAUUCAGGUGGUCAUGAAUCAAGAUGGCACAGGUUUCACUGUGGCUAAUAAGAAAUUUAAGAAGCCAACUAAGAAUGACCUGGUAUACUUUGAAAGCUCUCCAGACUACUGUAUCAGGGACAGGGAUGUAGGGUCCCUUGGGACAGCUGGUCGGGUGUGCAACCAAACCUCGCGUGGCAUGGACAGCUGUGAAGUGAUGUGCUGCGGGAGAGGCUACGACACCUCCCGCGUCAGCAGGAUGACAAAAUGCGAGUGCAAAUUCCACUGGUGUUGUGCUGUGCGAUGCCAGGACUGCCUGGAGGUGGUGGACAUUCACACCUGCAAAGCGCCAAAGAGCGCUGGCUGGAUUUCCCGGACAUGACACACAGGCUACUGAUGCUGAGGACCACAGCCUUUGCCCUUCCUGACCCAUGCAGGGAAUGCAUCAGAGGUCGUUUUUACUUUUAUGCCUGUUUUGCCUUUGUUGUU